AUGGAAAAUUUAAAAUUGAUAAGGUACCAUUUAAUUUAGAAACAUUAAUUUAAGAAUGUAUGAAAAUGUUUUAAUUAAAGGCUAAAAUGAAAAAAGUUUAAUUAAUAUUUAAUCUUGGAAAUUAAAUACCAAAAAUAGUAUAUUCUGAUAGAAGUAGAAUAAAACAAAUAAUAAUUAAUUUAUUAAGUAAUGCAUUCAAAUUUACUUAAAAUGGAUAGAUUUCUAUUAAUAUUUCAAAAGUAAAUUCUAAUAUAUUGAGAAUUGGUGUUAUGGAUGAAGGGAUUGGAAUCUCAGAUGAAGAUUAAAUGAAAUUAUUUAAAGCAUUCUCAAAAGUAAAUUCAGAAGAAAGCAAGAAGUUAAAUUAAUAAGGUGUAGGUUUAGGCUUAGUAAUAAGUAGUCAAAUAGCUUAAACAAUAGGUUCUAUUGGAUUGUAACUUGAAUCAAGUAAUAAGUAAGAAAAUCAUUAUUCUCAUUUUUAUUUUGAUUUGCCUUUAGAGUAGCCCCUUAGAAAGAAAGUAUCUAGUUUCAAAAUUCCAGAAAUUUCACUCUAAGUUUAAGAGGUGGAAGAAAUAGCAAGUUUUAAAUAUAUACAUUCUCACAUCAAAGGGGACUCUUCAACUUCAUAAAUAUGCUUACAUUAUUUAAUUGUAGACGAUGAUUGUUUUAAUAUUUUUGCUAUUAGAAGACUAUUUUCAUAAUUAUUGAAAAACAAAAAAUAUUUAUUUUAGAAUGAGUUUGAUGUUGAUUCAGCUUUAUCAGGAUAGGAAUGUAUUGAGAAAAUUUAAAAUAAGAAAUGUAGUAAUUCUUGUUAAGGAUACAAAAUAGUAUUUAUGGAUAUAGAGAUGCCAUUCAUGAAUGGUUAAGAAACUACAGAAAAAAUUCUUAGUAAUUAUCCAAAUUAUAUUAUUGUUGGAUGUAGUGGACAUUCAGACCAAUAAGAAUAUGAAAAAUGUAUUGGUUGUGGCAUGUCUGAUUUUUUAGUUAAACCAAUAAAUGAAACUUAAUUAAUUUAAGUACUUAAAAAGUUUCAUUGA